AUGUCUGCUCAGGGCCAUCUCUACAACUCCGCGAUCUUUACGCCGCAACACCCAGAGCCUCGGCGUCUGGCCGAGAAAUACCUGACGAUCUGCGACGAGCUCGAUACGAAGAUCGUAUAUACCCGCGGACACCUCUUCAAGAUUUUCAACCUAACUUGGUGUGGAGAGGCCUUUGAAGGACGCGUAGAUGAGCAAGGAUUAUCGACCUUGCCACACUGGCUUGCACAGCCGUACUUCCGACAGCCCAUGCCGGAGCAAACAAAGAAGAAGGGUGAGAAUGGCGCUCCUGUCAAGCGAGACGCAGAUAAUUCUGCACAGGCAAAUGACGACGGCACAACAUCUGUAACAGGAGAUGAGGACGCGGGCAAGGCAAAGAAGAAGACCAAGAAGACAAGGGUCAUCCCCAACCUCUAUCAAAGCGCCGGAUGCAGAAAUAUGUACUCGGCGGCAUGUGUGCAUCAGAGAUGCAAGGGCUGUUGCCGUGGUCAUCAGCAAGACAUCAAUGUGUUCGACUGUGCAACACACCAGAUCCGGUCCUUGCAGCACCAGCAGAAUGUAACAACAUCGGAUUCGCAGCAGACUAUUGAAGCUACUGUUUUGGAGGCACAUGUCAAGAACUUGAACCCAGUAGAGGCUGUCUCUGGAGCCAUUGCAUCCGAUACAAGCGCCGACAAGGCAGAGCAGAGUAUUGCUGCCUAG